CUUCUUCCUCUUAAAUUCUCCAGUCUUACAGCAACUAAAAAAUUGUAAAUGGAACCAGAAUUCUCACCAUCUUCUCGAGUAGACACGCCGGAGCAAGAUCCGUCACCGGCGCAAACUGAAGAUCAGUCUCGAGAAAGGGUUUCUGCUUAUGAUCUUGUGGUAGAUGAGGGUGAUUUAGAGGGAUUAGAUCAAAAAAAGGAGGAGAUGCAUAAAGUUUUAGAUCAGAUUCAAGAGAAAGCUUCAUCUGUUCUUGAGUACUCGCUUAAGUGGGAUGAAAUCUAUGAGCAGUUUGAUUUGCUAAAGCAACAAGCCAUGGAAUUAGAGUUAAAGGAGGUAUCUUUAAAGAAUCAGAUUCUAGAGAUGGAGAAGAAGGAAGAGCGACUUAAGCUUGUUGAAGAGAGAGCGAGGAAGAUUGAAAUUGAAUCUGAUGUGAAACAGUUUCUGGAAGAAAAUGUGGCCAGAUUGUUGGUUCUUCUUAUGCAGAAUGAAGAAAUGGUGGUUGCUUCACUUAGCGCAAAAGAGAAAUUUCUUGGUUUGCUUCAGGGUUGGAUGAUGAAGAAGCAUGAAGGGGUAAAGAGAGAGCUUGAAGCGAGGGAAAAGGAGGUUGCUUUGCUUUCUCAGUCGAUUGAUGACAAGACUAGUGAUUUAGAGAAGAAAGUGAAAGACUUUGAUUUGAAGCAAAUAGCAGAGACUGAGAGAAGGAGAAAGGAGGCUGAGAUGAUGGAGAUAUCCCAUAAGCAAUUUGAAACGAGGGAGAAGGAGCUUAGCUUGCUUAAUGAGACCAUCAAAGAGAAAUCAAUUGAGCUGGAGAACAAAGAAGUAGUACAACAAGCAGAAGCCAGAGAGACAGAAUUGAAGAACAAGUUUCUUGAGUUAAAGGAGAGGAAACUCGAAGAAAGGGAGAAAGAGCUGGAGUUGAAACAGAGAGAAAUCAAAGAAGGAUCAAUACAAGCAGAGGCUCGUAAAAGAUCUAGGCUUGAAUCUGAGUCUUCAUUGUUGGAUAGAGAUGCUGAGUCUCGUAUUCGCCCUGGAAAAAAGCAUAUACCCAAUAAAGAACACAACCAUUAUGAUGAAGCCAAGAAAAAAGAUUGGGCUUUUGUUGUUCCAGCUUUUACAUCUUCUCCUGUUCAAAUAAGUGAAGAAGAUGAAGGAGAGAUUGAAGAAGUUAUCUCCAUAGAUUGCAUUGAUGAUGAUCAUGAGCCGUUAAUGUGUGUUGAUUCAGAGUUUCAUGAUUUCAGCAAGACAAUGAGCUCUUUUAUGGCUGGUCAAAUAUGGGCUCUAUAUGAUGGUAUAGAUUCUAUGCCUAGGUUGUAUGGUCGGAUCAGGAAAAUUACUAUGGCUCAGUCGAGUCUUCAAAUGACAUGGUUUGAAUCUAAAGAUGAGGAAUCUGUUCCUGCUGCUUGCGGGAGGUUCAAGUUGGGGAAUACAGAAACCAUAAAAAACCACUUGACCUUUUCUCAUCAGAUGCACCCCAUCAUACAUGACAGACACUUCAUUGCUGUAAUUCCGAGAAAAGGAGAAACGUGGGCUCUUUUCAGAGACUGGAGCAAAAGCUGGAACAAUAACCCGGAAAAGCACAAGCCUCCUUAUAGAUACGACUUUGUGGAAGUUGUGGUAAACUUUGACGAUUGUCUAGGCAUUGGAGUGGCCUAUUUAGGGAAAGUUGAUGGAUUUGUAUCGGUCUAUAAGCAAGCUGUGAAGCAUGGAGUCGUCUCACUCAUGGUCACACCAGAGGAAAUGCAAAGAUUCUCUCAUAGAGUACCAUCAUUUAGAUUGAAUGGAAAUGAGAAAGAAGGAGUUCCCGCUGGUUCUUUCGAGCUAGACCCUGCUGCUAUACCCAGUUGUACACUCAAGCGUCAUCACUCUAUCCGUAAAGAAGCAGAAGAAACAGGAAGACAAAGUGAGGGUUGUGGUAAAAGUAAAACUGGUGAGGUUGAAGAUCAAGAAGGGGUUUCUGCUUAUGAUCUUAUGGUAGUGGAGGGUGAUUUAGAGGGAGUUGAUAAAAAAAUGGAGAAGUUGCGUAAAAUCUUUGAACAGAUUCAGAAGAAAGCUUCAUCAGUUCUUGAGUUCUCUCCUUGGUGGGAAGAAAUCGAUGAGGAAUUGGAUUUGCUAAAGCAACGAGCCAUGGAAGUAGAUUUGAAGGAGGUAUCUUUAAAGAAUCAGAUUCUGGAGCUGGAUAAGAAGGAAGAGCGUCUUAAGCUUGUUGAAGAGAGAGCGAGGAAGAUGGAGGCUUCCAUCAUUGAGCGACUGAGUGCGUUGGAGGAUAAAGAAAAUGACUCUGAUGUGAAACAGUUUCUGGAAGAAAAUGUGGCAAGAUUGGUUCUUGAGAUGCAGAAUGAAGAAAUGGUGGUUGCUCAACGUAACGCACAGGAGAAAUUGCUUCAGGGUUCGAUGAAGCUGAAGCAUGAAGAGUUAAUGAGAGAGGUUGAAGCAAGGAGAGAGGAGGUUGCUUUGCUUUCUAAGUCUAUCGAUGACAAGACUUGUGAUUUAGAAAUCAGAGUGAAAGCCUUUGAUCUGAAGCAAACAACAGAGUUUGAGAGGAUGAGAAAGGAGACUGAGCUGAUUGAAACCUCUCUUAAGCAACUUGAAGCGAGGGAGAAUGAGCUUAGGUUGCUUAAUGAGACCAUCCAAGCGAAAUCGAAUGUGCUGGAGAAGAAAGAAGAGAACUUUCAACUGAAACAACAAGCACAAGCCAGAGAUAUGGAAGUUAAGAUUAAGUUUCUUGAGCUAAAGGAGAAGGAACUUGGAGAAAGGGAGAAAGAGCUGGAAUUGAAACAGAGAGAAGUACAAGAACGAUCAAUACAAGCUGGGAGUCGAAAGAGAUCUAGGGUUGAAUCUGGACCUUCAUUGGAUGCUGAGUCUCUUACACAACACAACCAAAAUGAUGAGGAAAAUGAUUUUUCUGCUUCUGUAGUUUCAACUUCUACAUCAUCUCCUCUACAAAAAAGUGAUGCACAUGAAGAAGUUGUUGUGUCCAUAGUUAGAGGAACACAUCACAAUGAUGAGGCCCAUGAGCCAUUAAUGUGUGUUGUUGAUUCAGAGUUUAAUGAUUUCAGCAAGACAAUGAGCUCUUUCAUGGCUGGUCAAGUAUGGGCUCUAUAUGAUGGCAUAGAUUCUAUGCCUAGGUGUUAUGGUCGGAUCAAGAAAGUUAACAAGUGCCAGUCGAGUCUUCAAGUGACAUGGUUAGAACCUAAAGAUGAGGAAUCUGUUCUCGCUGCUUGCGGUAGGUUCAAAUGGGGGAAUACAGAAACCAUAAAAAGCCACUUGGCCUUUUCUCAUGAGAUACAUCCCAUCAUACGUGGCAAACACUUCAUUGCUGUGAAUCCGAGUAAAGGCGAAACGUGGGCUCUUUUCAGAGACUGGAGCAAAAGCUGGAACAAUAACCCGAAACAGCACAAGCCUCCUUAUAGGUACGACUUUGUGGAAGUUCUAGUCAACUACGACGAUUGUCUAGGUGUUGGAGUGGCCUAUUUAGGGAAGGUUCAAGGAUUUGCAUCAGUCUAUAAACAAGCUGGGCAGCAUGGAGUCAUCUCAUUCAUGAUCACACCAGAGGAAAUGCAAAGAUUCUCUCACAGAGUGCCGUCAUUUAGGUUGAAUGGAGAGGAGAAAGAGGGAGUUCCCGAUGGUUCUUUCGAGCUAGACCCUGCUGCUAUCCCCAGUUCUAUACUCAAGCGUGAUCGCUCUAUCCGUAAGGAAGCUGAAGAAACAGAAAAACAAAGCGAGGAUUGUGGUAAAACUGGUGAGAAUGAAGAUAAAGAUGGGUCAAGGAAAGAUUUCCCCAUUAUCUUAGAUUGAGGUUGGUCUAUAUUUGAGAGUCUGAUGGUCUUAGUUCUUCUAGUAUGUCGUAUUUUCUACUUCUUGUUGCAGAAAAUGGUACUGUGAUCCUUUUGGACAUGUCUAUGUCUCUUGAAUGCUAAUUUCAGGUGGAAUGUAGUUUUCUUU